CUUCAAACAACUCCCACUUACAAAAUCGUGAAGAAAUGGGUUUAACAUUAUUUUACUGAUUCGACGAUUACUAGAAGCCUGAAGCUCCACGACGAGAUAAUAAUUUAUAGAAUAUUUACGUACAUCCGCUGAUAGAUUUCAUAUUUUUUAAAGUUCCUAUUUAGAUAAAGCCCUAAAAAUGUGGCAAUACAAAGCGGUGAUAGGAAUUUGUGCUUUUUUCGCGGUUUUCUUAAUAUCUGGAGAGACUGCUCAACUCCAAGGAGCUCAUAGAGGAGUUAAUAAUUCCAGGAGGGGAAUAUGUACCUUAGAAGUGCCAACUAUUGAUUUAAUUCCACCAGAAGAUAGACAUGGAUCAAUUCCUCGUGGUAAUGGGUCCAGAGCAGGCUACAGCAAAAUUGACAUUUGUUGUAAUGGUUACGAACGAGUACCACGCAGUCAUUUAGUUUGUCAACCCGUUUGUGACGGCUGCGAAAAUGGGAACUGUACGGCUCCAGGUGUCUGCCAGUGCAAGAGAGGAUACAUUCAUGACGAUUUCCACGGAGACUGCAUUCCUACUUGUCCCCAUGGCUGUCUCAAUGGAGUUUGUACGAUAACGGGAGCUUGUUCCUGUAACGCAGGAAAUACACUGAGCGGUAAUGGAAAAUAUUGCAUACCUCAUUGCUCAGGAGGCUGCGGACGAGGCGGUACUUGCGUGGGACCCGAAGUUUGUGCUUGUGCACAAGGAUUUUCAUUGGACCAGAGAACGAACAAAUGUGACUAUCAUUGCGAAGGAGGUUGUGGAGAAGGAAGUUGCGUUGGUCCGAAUCAAUGUUCUUGUAAACCCGGAUACAAAGUCGUUGGACAUACCUGUGUCCCAGAUUGCCCUAAGGGAUGCGUAAACGGAGACUGUGUAGGACCCAAUAGAUGUUCCUGUAAAGCUGGAUGGACUUUAGAUCCCAAUGGUUCUGUUUGUACGCCUCAUUGCAGUCAAUCUUGUCUUAAUGGUGACUGUAUUGCUCCUAAUCAAUGUGCUUGCAAAAAAGGAUACAGUCCAGCUCCAGGAGCACGAAACAGUGAAACCUGCGUAGCCCAUUGUCCAGGAGGUUGCCCUAACGGUAAUUGUGCAGCGCCCAAUUUCUGCAUUUGCAAUCCAGGAUUCAUCAAAGAGUCCAAAGGAAGUAAUAAUUGUAUUAGAAGAGUCAGAAGAUCUGCGAUGCAUUUCGAUCUAGUUCCUGAAGCGGUCUUGGAAGGAUUUUAAAUCGUGAAUAACUACUCAUAUUAUAUUUUUUGUUCGAAUAAAUUUGAGAUAUUUUAUUUAAUAUGAUAUUUACACUUUACAAACAAUCUUUUAGAUGUCAUUAAAACCGUUUUGUUUUAAGAUAUUUUUUAAAUUAUAAACACAAGACGAUACAACGAUAUUACUAUUUUUAAUUUUGAAUAUUUUGACUGAAGAAUAUAAUAAAGCUUUAGACAACUA